CGCCGCGCCCCCUCCGCCCGCCGCCGCCGCCGCCCGCCCGGGGCUAGAGGCGGAGACAUGUCCAGGAGGAAGCAGAGCAACCCCCGGCAGAUCAGGCGUUCUCCUGGAGACAUGGAAGUUUUGGAGGAGGCCCAAGCCCCAGACACCAGCCUACAGGAGAAGGAGACUCCCACACCAGAGCCCACAGCUGUAGGGAGACCUGAGCCCCUGAGCCCAUCCAGUAGAGAUGUGAAUCCACCCCCAGCACCAACGGUGCCAACACCAGCACACCUCGCAUCCCGGGGACCCCCCGAGGAGAUGGAGGGGCCAGAGCCUGAGAUGCAGCCUCUGGAGGAGACAGCCAGCCCUUGGAGUGGGCCAGAGGAGCUGCAACUGGAGCUACGGGAUGGCCGGAGCUGUGUGCAGGCCCGGCUCAGCCUCGAUGAGGGCCUGUCCUGGGGCCCCUUCCACGGGAGCAUCCAGGCCAGAGCAUCAACCCCCGGGCAGGCGGAACAGGGCCCAGCCCUGACCCUGCUGCUUACAGACAAGGCCUGCUGGCUGAGGACGCUGCCCCAGGCCCUGACGGAGGCUGACGCCAACUCGGAGAUCUACAGGAAGGAUGACGGCCUCUGGUGCAGGAUCACCAGGCCAGUGCCUGCAGGUGGAGCUCUAUGUGUGCGCCUCACGGUGGAGCCCCGAGGCACCCCCAGCUGUCCUGUGAAGGAGGAGCCCAACAGCCCUGGCCAGAUGCACCCUGACAUCCAGCUGCUGCCCCAGCAGGCCGGCAUGGCAUCCAUCCUUGCCACAGCAGUCAUCAACAAGGACAUCUUCCCGUGCAAGGACUGCGGCAUCUGGUACCGAAGUGAGCGCAACCUGCAAGCCCACCUCCUCUACUACUGCGCCAGCCGCCAGGGUGCCAGCUCCCCUGCCACAACAGCCACAGAGGACAAGCCCAAGGAGCCAUAUCCCAAUGAGCGAAUCUGCCCCUUCCCCCAGUGCCGCAAGAGUUGCCCCAGCGCCAGCUCCCUGGAGAUCCACAUGCGCAGCCACAGUGGAGAGCGGCCCUUCGUGUGUCUCAUCUGCCUGUCGGCCUUCACCACCAAGGCCAACUGCGAGCGUCACCUCAAGGUGCACACAGACACGCUCAGCGGAGUCUGUCACAGCUGUGGCUUCAUCUCUACCACUCGGGACAUCCUCUAUAGCCACCUGGUGACCAGCCACAUGGUCUGCCAGCCCGGCUCCAAGGGUGAGAUCUACUCCUCAGGUGCAGCACACCCAGCUGCCAAGCUGCCUCCAGACACGCUCUCCAGCCUCCAGCAGCAUGCAGCCCUGCACGGCCCCCUGCCCUCUGCCGACCUGGGCCUGGCAACCACCCCAUCACCAGCCCUGGACAGGAAGGCCCUGGUCGAGGCCACCAACGGUGAGGCCAGGGCAGCCCCCCAGAACGGGAGCGGUGGUGACUCCCCCACGGUCCCCCGGAGCGUCAAGGUGGAGGCUGAGAAGGAGGCAGAGGCAGUGCGCACACCAGGCCGGGCAGAGCCUGCAACCCGGGCCCCUUCGAGGACGCCUUCGCCGCACAGCCCCGGUGCGAACUGCGUGAAAGCUGAGCUGCCCAGCCCCACUCCCGGGGCCAGCCCCGCACCUGGAGAGCUGGCCUUGGCCAGCACACUCUUCCUGCCGCAGCUCGUGUUCGCGCCGGACGCGGGUGCCACCCCGGGCCCUGCAGCGCCCCAGGCUUCCGAAAUCCUGGCCAAGAUGUCAGAGCUGGUGCACAGCCGGCUACAGCAGGGCACGGGGCCACCGGCCGCGCUGCUGGCGGGGACGAAGGGCGCCACUUGCUUCGAAUGCGAGAUCACCUUCAACAAUGUCAACAACUACUACGUGCACAAGCGCCUCUACUGCUCCGGCCGCCGAGCACCCGAGGACGCCCCCGCCACGCGCAAGCCCAAGGCGCCGCCGGGCGCGCCCGCUGAGCCCGAUGCUCCGCGAUCGCCGCCCGGCCCUGGAGCGGGUGAGGAUGAGACGGGCGGCGCGGUCACGCCAGAGGCUGAGGGGCCCGGUCGGAGCAGCGAGGGCAGCCAGAGCCCGGGCAGCUCGGUGGACGACGCGGAGGACGACCCCAGCCGCACCCUGUGUGAAGCCUGCAACAUCCGCUUCAGCCGCCACGAGACCUACACGGUGCACAAGCGCUACUACUGCGCUUCGCGUCACGACCCGCCGCCGCGCCGGCCGCCCGUAACCGCGCCGGCUCCGGGUUCCGCGGCGCCGGCUCUGACCACGCCGCCCGCGCGCACGCGCCGGCGCCGCAAGCUGUACGAGCUGCACGCGCCUGGCUCCGCCCCCGCGCCGCCCAGCCACGCCCCCGUAGCCGAGCCGCCAGCCUCGCCCGGGCCGGGAAGUGCAAGUGCGAACGCUGGGCCUGCGCCCGCGCGCUCUCCCGCGCCCCCCGCCGCCGACGGCCCUAUUGACCUGAGCAAACGGCCGCGCCGCCAGACCCCAGACAGGUCUGCCCCGCUGCCCGCCCUGGCCGACUACCACGAAUGCACGGCCUGCCGCGUGAGCUUCCACAGCCUCGAGGCUUACCUGGCACACAAGCAGUACGCGUGCCCCGCCGCGCCGCUCCGCCCAGCCGCCGUGUGCCCCUACUGCCCCGCCAACGGGCGCGCUCGCGGCGACCUGGUAGAGCACCUUCGCCGGGCGCACGGCCUUCGGGGCCCUGCCCCCCGCGCGCCGGCCGAGCACGCCCCCCGGGACAGCCCGCCGCCUCGCUCCCCGUCCCCCCCGCCCCAGUCCUCCGAGGCCCCCGCUGACCCCGGUGCGCCCGCGCCCGGAAAAGGCCCACCAGCAGCCCCUGCGCCCGGCAGCCACCGCUACUGCCGCCUGUGCAACAUCCGGUUCAGCAGCCUGUCGACCUUCAUUGCGCACAAGAAAUACUACUGCUCCUCUCACGCCGCAGAGCACGUGAAGUGAUAGGCGCAGGGCUGCGGGGCCAGGACACCAGGAGUCAGGCGACGGAGCUGCGGCUGGGCACGUGCCCUGGGGACUGCUCGGGUUGUGGGACUCGGCCAGACCCAGCCCACCACGGGCUGCACCUCAACCUGAUGGCCACGCACCCCUCCGAUAUAGAACACACAGCACCCAUUCUGCCAGCCUCACCUUUGUGGUCCCCAGUAAGCCCACAUCCUUAAGCCUCUUCUACCCAAGGCGAGGAUGGGGCUGAAGCCUGCCUCCCACCCAGCCUCAGGGUGAGGACCACAGGCCUGGGUUUGCACAAGAAUAAACGGUCAGCCGAG